AUGAUUGUGCAAAAUGAUAUGGUCAGUGUUAAUGAGACUUUUGCUUCUAGUAGCAUGUUGCCACAUGAUGAAACUUCGCCUUCCCAUAAUGGUGAAGAUCUAGUGAAACUACAUAAUGUUGAUGUUUUAGCUAUAUAUGAACAUAGGGUUCAAUUCCACAAGGCUUCUAACACUCUUAGGAACCUUGCUUUCAAUGAUUUCAGGAUUGAGGAAGCUUCUGGUUUUUCUGGUGGUAUUUGGCUUUAUUGGAACAAUCUCAGAACCAAUGUUACUUUUCUUGCUAGCAAUUUUCAAUCUAUUUAUGUUAAGAUUUCUAUUCCUUCUAAAAAUGCUUGGAUGCUAUAUGUGGUUUAUGCUAGUCCUACUCACACUUCUAGAGCUGGUUUGUGGAGGUACUUUGAGAGCUUGGCUGAUCAGUUUAAGCUCCCUACUAUGUUUAUUAGUGACUUCAAUGAGUUUCUUUCAGCUGCUGACAAGAAUUCUAGACCUUUGACUGGGAGAUUUGGUGGUUUGAGGUAUUGGAUUAACAUAGUUGCUUUGAUUAAUAUGAGCUUUUCUAGUUCUUGUUAUACAUGGAGCAACAAUAAAGUUAAGAAAAGAUUGGAUAGGGCUUUCUGUGAUAUUGAUUGGCGAUUUUCUUACCAUGAUGCCUUCAUCCACCACUUGCCGAAAAUAAAGUCUGAUCAUUGUCCAAUUCUUAUGCAAUUAACUUCUAAUAAUUUUGUGAAUGGUAGAGUUACUCCCUUCAAAAUCCAGGCUAUGUGGUUUUCUCAUGGUGAUUACUCUGAUUUUAUUUCAAGCACUUGGAAUUCUCUUAAUGGUGACUUUUCUUCAGAAAUUAAGGAUUUAUCUUCUGCUCUCUCUACAUGGAAUAAGGAGAUUUUUGGUCAUCUUUUUCAUAGGAAGAAAAAGAUUCUUACAAGGAUUGGAGGUAUUCAGAAGGCAAGAGAUAAGCAUGAGAACUCUUUCUUAACUAACCUUGAGGCUGAUCUUAUUAAGGAGUAUGAAACCAUUAGGGACUAA